GGCUGUGAGGUCAUCAUAAGCAUUCCAUCUCUUACCAUGUGGCUGUAAGGGUCUGAUCGCAUCUGUACACCAACCACCAAAACCAGGGCUCACCUACAGCCCUCAGCAGGCAUCAUGCAAUGUGUGGAUUUAAGGAGUCUCUUCACCGUAGCCCAAUUCAUAAAGGCCAGAUGUGACCACGGCCUGAAAGCUGGGACCACCGUUAAUAAGAAUUAUGUAUUUUUUGAGGUGGAGAUCCUGGACCUCAAGAACAAGGCACAACUCUGCUACCUGGAUAAGGUGGAGCCCAACGCCACCAUCGCAGAGAUCAAGACCUUGCUGCACAAAAUUUACCCCAAGUUUUAUCCAUCAAGACAGGCACUGAAGCUGCAUCCAGAGGGAAAGGCCCUCAGUGAUGAUGAUGUGCUGGAGGAUCUACCGGUUGGCACGACCGCAACAAUGUUCUUCCAGGACCUCGGCCCACAGUUAGGCUGGACUAUGGUAUUUCUGGCAGAGUGUCUUGGGCCUCUUUUCGUUUACCUCCUGUUCUACUAUCGGCUUCCAUACAUCUACGGUUUCGAGUUUGACUACACCCAAAGUCCAUUUAAAGUUGUCAAGCUGGCUUACUGGUGCCACUCUCUUCAUUACAUUAAGAGGCUUGUGGAAACUAUUUUUAUCCAUCGCUUUUCUGACGGAACAUUACCUUUACGCACCAUCAUGAUGCUCUGUCUCUAUUACUGGGGAUUUGCAGCAUGGCAGGCAUAUUACAUCAACCAUCCACUCUACACCCCACCAACUUAUGGGAGACUUCAGAUCUACUCUGCACUGGUAAUGUUUUUGGUCUGUGAGUUUGGAAAUUUUUCAGUUCAUCUGAUUUUGAAUCGAAUCAGUUGUAAUGGAUCCAGGCCUAAAGAGAUUCCUUAUCCCACAAAUAAUCCAUUCACUUGGCUCUUUUUCUUCGUGUCCUGCCCAAACUACACAUACGAGGUGGGAUCAUGGAUCAGCUUCACAGUAAUGACACAAUGUGUUCCAGUGGGAGUUUUUGCAUUUUUGGGUCUUAUUCAGAUGACUAUAUGGGCUCGGACAAAGCAUAAAACCUACACUGAGCAAUUCAAAGACUAUCCUGACCUGAGAACAGCCAUCAUUCCACUCUUCUUCUAGAUCGAUUGGAUGGAGGAUGAACCUACAUGCACUUUUCUCAUUGGAAGCAUCACCAAACAAAAUAUUAUAAGCAGCAAAAUAAGUCUAUUGUUUCUCUGUCAGACAUCGUGAUUUAUUCAGACACAGAUAAGUGUGUAAAUGGUAAUUACUAUUAAGAGAGGCUUACUGAAAAUAGAUGGAGGUUGAACUGCAAGAUUGAGGAAGAUAUACUAACAGAAAUGUCUUGCAAAAAGUUUUUUUUUGUUUUUUUUUGGCAAACUUAUAACAUUUGCUUGACAUCAGAGAGUUUAAGUUGAGCCCUGAUUUGGAGGUCUUCAGACCACCAAACAGAAAAAAUGGUGUACAAUGUGAUUUUAUUGAUGUUGAUUGUUAGUUUUUGUAUUCCAUUAAAACAUUUUGCAGAACAAA